CCUUACAGUGUUUUUGCCUGGUCUGUACAAAAGAGAACUUUACUUGCACAACAGAUGGGCUCUGCAUUACUUCAGUAACACGGAAUGGAGACAAAAUCAUACGUAAUAGCAUGUGCAUAGCAGAAAUUGAACUGAUUCCUAGGGAUAGGCCAUUUAUUUGUGCCCCCUCAACAAAUGAAGGAGUUACUACUGUGCCUCAUUGCUGUGACAAAGACUUCUGCAAUAAAAUAGAUCUUCCAAUCCCAACACCAGGUCCUGUACCAGAGAAGCCUUCUUCUAAUCUAGGACCAGUGGAACUAGCUGCUGUCAUUGCUGGGCCUGUGUGUUUUGUUUGCAUUUCGCUCAUGUUGGUUCUCUAUAUCUGCCAUAAUCGUACAGUCAUCCACCAUCGUGUUCCAAAUGAAGAAGAUCCUUCAAUGGAUCGUCCUUUUAUAUCUGAGGGAACUACUUUAAAAGACUUAAUUUAUGAUAUGACUACUUCAGGUUCAGGCUCAGGUCUACCAUUACUUGUUCAAAGAACAAUUGCAAGAACAAUUGUACUACAAGAAAGUAUUGGAAAGGGUCGGUUUGGAGAAGUAUGGCGAGGAAAAUGGAGAGGAGAAGAAGUUGCAGUGAAAAUUUUUUCUUCAAGAGAAGAACGUUCAUGGUUUCGUGAGGCAGAAAUCUACCAAACUGUUAUGCUACGUCAUGAAAAUAUUCUUGGGUUUAUAGCUGCAGACAAUAAAGAUAAUGGUACGUGGACACAGCUCUGGCUGGUGUCAGAUUAUCAUGAGCAUGGCUCUCUCUUUGAUUACCUAAACAGAUAUACUGUCACUGUGGAAGGAAUGAUAAAACUAGCUCUGUCUACUGCCAGUGGACUUGCACAUCUUCACAUGGAGAUUGUUGGCACUCAAGGGAAACCCGCCAUAGCUCAUAGAGAUUUGAAAUCAAAAAAUAUACUGGUAAAGAAAAAUGGAACAUGCUGUAUUGCAGAUUUAGGUCUGGCAGUAAGACAUGAUUCAGCUACAGACACAAUAGAUAUUGCACCAAACCACAGAGUGGGAACGAAAAGGUACAUGGCUCCUGAGGUACUUGAUGAUUCCAUAAACAUGAAACAUUUUGAGUCUUUCAAAAGAGCAGACAUAUAUGCAAUGGGAUUGGUAUUUUGGGAGAUAGCUCGUCGAUGUUCCAUUGGUGGAAUUCAUGAAGAUUACCAAUUGCCGUAUUAUGACUUAGUCCCUUCUGAUCCUUCUGUUGAAGAAAUGAGAAAAGUUGUUUGUGAACAGAAGCUACGACCUAAUAUUCCCAACAGAUGGCAGAGUUGUGAGGCAUUACGAGUAAUGGCCAAAAUUAUGCGAGAAUGUUGGUAUGCCAAUGGUGCAGCAAGGCUAACAGCUUUACGUAUAAAGAAAACAUUAUCUCAGCUCAGUCAACAAGAAGGCAUAAAAAUGUAAUCUUGGAGGUGAUUGUGAAGGAAACUUCUAAAGGUCUACAUCUGCACCUGAUUUGUGCAUUGAGAAGGCUAAUGGUUCUACCUCACUGAGGGAACAGAAAAAUACUGCUGCCUUUUAUACACAAUAGGAAGAUCAGUUAAAUCCCAGGAUUUCAGUAGCUACGUUAAACUGUUGUACAGAUUCAUACUGUGCACUAUGAACACCUCUUUCCCUGGGCAUUAGUUUAGCUUCAGUCAUAUGUAACUGUUUUUCAAGGAUUAAUACUGGUCUUUGUUGUACUGAGAACAUGAAGCUCAUGCUUAAGAUAGUGGAGGUGGUGCACACUAUUCACUACAUUGAAGGAUGCCUUGAACAUUUUAAAAGCUAUUUGCUUUACUCAUGAUGGUACACUGUAUAUAUGGAACCACAGCUUAUUACCGGAUUGUAUAUGGGUUUGGUUAUCAAGACACUACAUUUGAACGCUUUUUAUCAGGAUUUUUUGACACAACUUCAUUCAUCCUGGAGGAGCAUACACUACAUAUGCAAUUGUAUUUUGUAUUAUAUUUCUGUUCUUUUGCUUUCACAACAUUACUUGCCUUGUACUGUACCAGUUAGUGCCACUUUUGAAUCUUCUUAGUGCAAUUCAUUAGGAACCUGCAAUGACUUUGGUGCUGAUAUUAAAUAAUAUGGCUCUUAGCUACAAGGGAUUUCAUUCUCAUAUAUGGAAUGCCUUUCUUUUUACCAAAAAUACUUAGUUCUGCAGACUGUGGAAAUUGAGGUAUAUGGAUUAAUGCAGUACUGCUACCAUGGUGGUAUGUCACAGUAAAUGUUGUGUCAAAAAUGGCACUUAAUUUUUACUGAUUAUUUCAAAGAGUAUUUCAAGGUUCUUACAAAAUUUGAUAUCAGAACUAAAAUGUUAAAAUAAAUUUUAGCUCCCUAAUGCCAUCGCUUGAGAAGGAUAUGUCCACAUUAUCUGUUUGAAGAAAAGUGCUUUUGAUAAAGUGUGAAAUGUAUCUGCUUUUUCAAGCAUGAUCCAUAUGUGAAAAAAGUGGGCACAUAGCCUUAUUAGUUAGAUUCCACAUCUGAAAAAUGGAAAUGUUCCUAAAUGUUCCUAAUGGAUUGGCUCUACACACACUUUUAAAAAGAAAUAGUUGGCUCUGGUCAUACCCUUAUGUAAUUUUGGGGAGGUAGAGGGACUGUCCAUCACCAUACCUUCAGCAAGUGGUGCUGUUAGAAUUUUCCACAAACAGCUGCCUUUGUUUAACCCUUGAGAGUCUAUGGAGGUCUCUGAAUCCCCCUGUCCCAUCAUAUCUGCAGUUAGCUGUAUAAUUUAGGUGCCAAAUAAUAGGGUUCAUUUUAUGAAACUGAAGUACAUCAAGUUCAUAUAAUCUUUUGCUAACACCGAGUGUGGGGAACACUGAAAAAGCACAGUGUUUAUGCUUCCUGGUGUAUUUUGAGUUUUGUCUCUUCCAAAUUAUUGAUCACUACUAAGUUAUCUUCAAAGCAAUUCCAUUUCUAAAGCAAAAAUAAGGUAUAGUUUCAAAACUGGGUUCACUUUCCAUAAAUGUUGAAUUAAGAUAGUAAAUAAAAUGCAUUGGAUUAAAUUUGCUUUUAUGGACACUUACAUAUGAAUGAAAAGUUAAAAUUUUGAACACCUUCAAUUAUUACAGGGAUGCAGAAAGAUAGUAAAUGGUAGCUAUAACAAUUGUCUGUCAUUUUGGUUAUCCAUAAUUGUCUCAAGCUAAAUGUCUUAAUAUAUUACAUUUCCAUGCUGUGUCGCAGAAUCCGUGUAAGGUGGCCAGUAGCUCAAAAUAUGAGAGGUUAGUUUUUGAACAGUUCUUUUUAAAAAGUCAAUUUGUAUGUUACAAAAAUUGUACACUUCUUUGUAGCUUUGACUGUAACAUUAUUUGAGUUUUGAUCCUUUUUUCAUUUUUUUUAUUUGGCAAUGUCUGUGAAUAUAACAUCUCUUUUAUCUGUUGUUAUAAUGUCAUCAUAUAUCUUAGAGAUUGGCAGAUACACAAAGACUUUCAUCAGGUUGACUCUUCAUUUCCCCAGGUUAUCCUCACCUAAGUUAAGAAAACCUGGCAAAUAUCCAGAACCAACCGCAGUAGCUCAGAAGAUUUAUAUCUUCCUCUCCCAUCUCUGAAUAUCCCAGCUAUAUCUGUCAGUCAAAUGUUUUCAACUUCCCUUUUCUUUCCCUUCAGGCAGGGCAUAGAGAACAUGCUAGUAGUCCUGAGAGUGGGGAGAAGGAAGAUAUUUCACUUGCCUUUUCUUCCAUCUUCCUCAUGGUACUGCAGUGUUUUUCAUAGUGAAAGCAAUUGAAAUGGCAUCUUUCAAGUGUUAGAAAACCCUGGUUUUUAAGGACCACUGCAUUUCAUGCUGAUGCACUUCUGUGCAUGCAAGGUGGGUCGAGGAAGGAAGGAAACAGUCACCCCCUCCCCCCACUUUCAGUGUUACCUCUGCCCACAUGGAAGUAAAGUGCAUCAUGAAUGAUAAGAAGGUUUCUAAUGGAUUUGUGAAGACAGGAGGAAUGGGCAAUCAGGAGGCUUUAGGUGGGGUUAAAAAUGUGCCUUUCCUUGGAGGCAAUUUUUUAACAACCCUGAAAGUAGGCUUCUGCUCUAGACUUGGAUGUACUUCUACGAAGUCCUUAAUAUAGAUCUUUAAAGGCUUAUUUAGGCAAGCAUUAAUCUUUUUUAAAGGGUAUAUUGUUAUUUUUGUUAAGAGUCCAGGGGACCAAAAUAUUUUAGCACUCAAACAUUAAUUUUAUAUCAUUUCAAGGAUGUGUUUUGUUUGUGUAAAUCUAAUUACUUAAUACUGGCUUUUGAGAACUUUUUUGUUAUUAAAAUUGUGUUUGAUGGACAUAAUAAUGAUCAGAUUGCAAAUAAGAUACAUUGAAGAAACAAUAGCAAAUCCUACCCUCAGAAGUUAGAGCUGUACUUUCUGGAAUGCUGGAAUUUAAGGAUUUGUUAUUCUUUCAGAGCUGGAGUUAUGUUAUUUCAGUUUGCUUGUUCAUGUUUUGAUGGCCUUUCACACCUUCAUAUGAAAGAGGCUAUUCUAACAAAGUAAUGGUUUGUCAUCUGGGUGCCAUGAAUCCACCUUUUACUUAAUGCCUUGUUUAUACAUUGUUUUCAGUCGUAUUCAAAUUAUUUACAUGUUUUUUUAAAAAAAAAUCAGUUGCUUUAAACUUAAAUUACCUCUUUAAAAGACCAAGGUACAUUUACCUCAUUGUGUGUAUAACUUUUAAUGUUAUUUUGAGAACACUCUCAAGGUUGGCUAUUUCAUGUUUCUUAAAAUAUGGGUAUUAUACCAAUAAAUCUUCAAACACUGCUGGUACUAAA